GUGACACGUUUAUGCCUCCACAGAUUUUAUGUCGAUAUUUUGAUACAUAUGUCUUGUUUAUAAAACACUUUAAAACUAAGAUAUAUCUUUAAACUCGUACACUUCCUUACGAUAGUUGACCUCGAAUUUGUACCACUCAUUGCUUCCAGGACCUGUACAAUAGUCACAUAGCUUAGAUUUGAUCCAUUUGGUAGCAACUGUGAUAACGCUGCGAAAUGUGUCCGACGAACGCGCUUCUUGGCCCGUGACGGGGUUCUGACCCGUCCUGCCUCCCAUGCGGUUGAAUCCCGGCGGUUUUAAUAGCGCCUGCUUUCAGCGAAGGAGUUUGACAUGUCUGGCGCGGCCGGUGGAGGGGCGCAGUCUGCAGGGCUGGGCGCUGCCGCAGGCUGCUGCUCCUCAUCAUCGGGCUCCGGUUCUGCGGCUUUUUUAAGCGGUGGUUCGGGCAUCGCGGGUCGGCUACCCAGCCGGGUACUCGAGCAUAUAUUCUCUUAUCUGGAGCUGCCGGAUCUUAUGAACUGUUCGCUGGUAUGCUGGCAUUGGAACAGCUGUCUGGCUGAUGAAAACAGUGAGGUGUGGCGGAGUCUGUGCGCCCGUGUCCUGACUGAUGAAGCGCUGCGUUCUGAUGUCCUCUGCAAUCUGCCUUCUUAUAAAGGAAAACUGAAGUCUUUCCAGCAUGCUCUGAGCUCCCAUGACUGCUCCAGGAAUGUCUAUAUCAAGAAAAAUGGGUUCACCCUGCAUCGUAACCCCAUCGCCCAAAGCACGGACGGUGCCCGCGGGAAGAUCGGCUUCUCAGAGGGCCGGCAUGCCUGGGAGAUCUGGUGGGAGGGGCCCCUGGGCACAGUUGCGGUGAUUGGCAUUGCCACCAAGAGGGCUCCCAUGCAGUGCCAGGGCUAUGUGGCACUUCUAGGCAGCGAUGACCAGAGCUGGGGAUGGAAUCUAGUAGACAAUAACCUGCUUCACAAUGGAGAGGUCAACGGAAACUUCCCGCAGUGCAACAAUGCUCCAAAGUACCAGAUCGGGGAGAGAAUACGCGUAAUCCUAGACAUGGAUGAUAAGACACUAGCCUUCGAGCGAGGGUUUGAGUUCCUCGGAGUGGCGUUCCGAGGGCUGCCUAAAACAUGCCUCUUUCCAGCUGUUUCGGCCGUAUAUGGGAACACUGAAGUGACAAUGGUGUACCUGGGAAGACCCCUGGAUGGUUAAGGAGGAUUUCAGUGCCACCAUUAGAACCUGUGAGCAAAAUAUGGUGACUACUGCUUGCCAUAACAUGACUCUUGGCUAUUCACAUCUAGACUGAUGGGGGAAAUCGGUGGUUGAUGAAUGGGGCUUGUUGAUGUUGAGAUCUCCAACACACAUCUAUGGAUUUCCAUUGAACCUCUUACUUUUAAUCAGUUUGAUGACCUAGGACAUUUUUUUAAAAUCUCAUAAAUUAAUCUAAUUUAUGAAAUUGCACAGGGGGCAGCUGUUCUAUUUUAUGAGAAGUGGCAAAGUUUUAUAAUGAAUUCAAAACCUUUGACACAAGCAUGGUGAAGAGAAGAAACUGUAAAUUGGACUGCAUUAAGAGAGUACGAGGAUGGCUCAAGCUUUCACACAAAACACAAACUUAUAUGUAGAUAAAUGACAUGAAGUAAACAUGCCAAAACAGUGUACCAAUAUCUUACUGUUUUUAAGUCCGAGCAGUUAUCUGCAUGCAGUAUACGCAUCCCUCCCUCUGUUAUUUUUUUUAAUUUUUUUUUUUUUAAGGACAGGCAAAGGUAGUAUGUGGUUAUUCUGUUUGUUAUGGUACAUCUUAACUGUUAUGUAGAAGUGUAUAGUAUUUAUUUAUUGAGGUUUAUCUUUUCUAUAACUGAGGUUAUGGAGACUGCAAAUAAACUUUAAAUGGUG